AUAAGGAUAAGGCUGAAAUAUUUGCAGAUCAUCUUGAACAAAUUUUUAGCGCAAAUGACAUACACUCAAACAUAAAUAUUUCAUUGGGAAAUGUGAGAGCAGAAAAAGUUAUCGCUCCAUUUGCACAAAGAGAAAUAGUGGAAGAAAUAAUAAAAAGGGUUAAACCAAUGGAUUUUGAUGAGGUAGCAAUAUUAUGUGCAACAAAACAAGUGGAUGAAGUGGGAUGGCAACAACUGGAUAUCACAUCAACAGUUCAGGAUUGGUACGAAAAUGAGCGCAACAGUAAACUACAACUACUAAUUGAUUGUACAGGAUGUGGCGACAUUUAUAAAUUGCAUUUAUUCAAUAAUUAUUUCGACAAAUUUAAUUAUAUCAGGAAUCAAGUGAGUUACAGUUACCGUGAAAAAAAUGUACUUAUUGAUAAUAAAAAAAAAUAUAACAAAAAUAAAAUCAAACUAAAACAAAAUUUACAAAACUUAAACUUAAUAAAGGAUACAAAUAAAACCAAUAAAAAUUUCAAUAACAAAAACGAUUCAAAUUUAUUUAGUAAAACAUUAUACAAUAAUAUUAAAAUAUUAAAAUAUCAAUCAGAAAGUGAAUCCAGUUUAAAAACAACAUCGAACAAUAAAUAUAAUUAUGUGAAAAACAAAAGCUCAGGCAGAAAUCAACACACAAAUGUAACAUCAGUUAAUGAUAAAAAAAAAUUUAAAAAUAUACAGCCCAAUAUAAUAACUAGCGACGCUAACAAAAAUAUUAAUAAUAGUAACAAUAAUAAAAAUAACAAAAAAAAUAAAAAUAAUAAUAAUAGUAAUUAUUAUAAUAAUAAUAAAAAGAAUUAUAGUAAUUAUAAUAAUAGUAAAAAAAGUAAUAAUAAUAAUAAUAAAGAAGAUAAUAAUAAUAAUAAUAAUAAUAAUAAUAAUAAUAAUAAUAAUAAUAAUAAUAAUAGUAAUAAUAAUAAUAAUAAUAAUAAUAAUAAAAAUAAUAAUAAUAGUAAUAAUGAUAAAAAUAAUAAUUAUAGUAAUAAUAAUAACAAUAAUAAUAAUAAUAUAAGAAAUAAAUACAUUACCAAUGAAUAUAGGAGUAAACAAAAUAACAGUGAUAAUUUAAGUAAGAAAAAGAAAAAAGCUAAACACUAUAAUAUAAGACGCAAUGGCACUAACAUUAGAAAACGUGAUAAUUAUGACACUCAUAAUUAUUACAAAAUCAGUACACAAUAUCCCCAAUAUUUUCAUCAUCAUUAUAGAAAAUAUGGAAAAAAUAAUAUUACUUAUAUUGUUAACGUAAUCAAUGAUGAAAAGAACAAUAAUAAUGAUAAUAAUAAUGGUAAUAAUAAUAGUAAUAAUAAUGAUAAUGAUAACAAUAAUGAUAAUAACAAUAAUAAUAAUAAUAAUAAUAAUAAUAUUAAUAAUAACAAUAAUGUUAACAAUAAUAAUAGUAAUAAAUAUUAUUAUGACAAUAGUAAAUUACCGUUAUUUGAUAAAAACCGACCAAUUUUAGUUUUAGAAACUGAAUCAAAAAGAUCACGUCGCGUGCGCCGUUUGGCUGUUGACUGUUCUGAUAAUGGCUAUAUUGAUGGUUAUAAUAGCUGUUGCCGUGAGUCAUUUUAUGUUAGCUUUAAAGCAUUAGGUUGGGAUGAUUGGAUAAUAGCUCCACAAGGUUAUUUUGCAAAUUAUUGUCGUGGGGAUUGUACGGGCCCACAUCGUACACCAGAUACCUAUGUAACAUUUCAUACACAUUUUAUUGAAGAAUUUCGUAAAACUAAUAGCUUAAAUGGUAUGACCCCUUGUUGUGCACCAACGAAAUUUUCCAGUAUGUCAUUAAUAUAUUAUGGCAAUGAUGGUAUUAUCAAACGAGAUUUACCAAAAAUGGUAGUUGAUGAAUGUGGAUGUCCUUAAAAAACAACACAUUUAAUAACAUCAAUGCAAAAAAUAAAACAAAUGUAUAUUAAAAUGAAUGCGAUAAACUUAAACAGAAGUGGAAGCAAAUUUAUGAAAUAUACAGAGUAUAAAAAAGGUAUACCUACCUAAUUGAAAAUAAAUACAAGAACUAAAGAAUCGAAUUCCUUAACAUAUAAGGUUUGUGUAGAUCCAUAUAAUCAUAAAUAGUAUAUUUACAUAUACAAAUAUAUAUUAUACAUUUUUGUAUUAUUUGUAUUUAUAUUAAUAACAUAUAAUUGUACAUACAUGCAUUUUCUUUAUUGUACGUACAAAAUCACAUAGAUUAUACAUAUUUUAAAAAUUUAGAGCUAAAAUAAAUAUUAUACACUAUCAUGUUCCAUAUGAUAUAUUUUUUUCUAAUUUUUAUACUGAUAUUCUUAACACGUUUGUUAUCAUUUUCAAAGCUCUAUUUCUAUGCAGGGUGAUUCAGUAAAGAAUAUAAUAUUACAUAUCACUCUUUAUGGUAUCAAAAGUGCUUAGAAUUUUUGUUAGAUACUAAUUAUCAAGUCUCAGCAUUUUUCGAGAAACAUGGAUUUUUAUCAAUAUUCACGAAAUUUCUGUUUCCAAAGAUUUUUUACUUAUAACAACCCUUCCGAAAAGGUUCAUACAAACAGUUAUUGAAAGGGCUUGUAAAGUGCUUGAAAGCAAGUUAUUACUUAAUCACAUAUUUUAAAUAUUUUCAAAAUAUCAAGCAUUCGAACUUUAGAAAAAUUUUAAUUUUUCCAUUUUUUAUUUUUUAGUUUUUUUUUAUUUUUUUAUUGAAACUUUAAAACUUUUUUACAAAAUUUUGAUAAGUUUAAUUUAAGUCACUAAAUGUCAAAAAAAAAUUUUAUGGUACAAAAAAAAAUUCUACGUAAAGAUUCCUAUGUAAAGGCCCUAAAAAAAUUUAGAAAC